AUGCUUCUCUCUUCUCUACUUAUUCUCCAAUUCGUUGGUGUCAGCGGGGAUAAGACUUGCGCUGGAAAGGAGGUUCAAGAUCUGGAUGAUGAUUGCACUAAGAUUGAGAAGAAUCCGUUGGUUUUCAAAGGAAAUCAAGAUGAAAAAAUGGUCAGAGAAAAAGUAAAAAAUAUCAACUACAUAGCCUCUGGAAUUGAAGUGAUCGAAACUGACCUUGAGACGUUCGAUUAUUUAAAGCACGUUGAGAGGAUUCAAAAUUCGAAUGGUCCUGCAAUGCUAUUCAAGAAGAAUAAAAAUUUGAAACGACUGAAUUUCACUUCUCUCGGAGAGUUGAAAGGCAAGGAGAAGGAGAAGGAUAUCGUUUUCGAAAACGAUCACUUCGCAAAGGCAUUUAGGGAGGAAACCGAUUCGUUCGAUGACUUCAUCAAAUUGGAACUAAUUGCUCGAAAAAGCCAUUUGCGGAACAAAGUUUGUUCCAAUGAGUUCUAUCAGUUCAACAACAAAAAAGAAAGUUCCGACUCGCAGACAGGGGCAAUCAUCAUGAUUGUAAUCGCGGUUAUUUUCACAAUCGUGGACGGGUUUCUAUUUUGGUAUUGUGUGAAAGAACGCCGUGCAAAGAAGGCUCGUGAGGAAAAGAAAACUAACAAGGUGAUGACUGAUGUCCCGAUUGGAACAGACUUCGGACCGAGAACGCCAGCGAGUGGAACCACGACACCUUCCGCCACUAUCGAAACACCAAAAGACAAGCAUAUUUAA